UAGAUUAUUACUUCCGUUACGCCCUUCCCUGUUGACACGGACCAUAAAAAGGAAAAUAGUAGACCUUCGUCCUCCUAUCCUAUAAUCUCUAGAUUAUAAUGGUUAUUCAAAGUGAUUAGACCGAGAUCUAGACUGAUAUUGGCAAAUACACUUAUUCAAUUAAAAUGGGGGACAAGACUCUUUAUUCUAGACUGAUGGUUGAUGUUGUCAUUGGCCCAACUCUUGACAAGCUUGAGAAAAAGGAUAUAUCAUCAGCACAGACUCUCAGAAGAGCAAUUACAAAAGCCGAGUCAACCAUACCAGGCUUAACUGCUGAUCUUGUGAAAGGUCUUUUAAAAAAGGGUGAAUUGUCUGACAGGAUAGAUAUCUGUGAAACUUUGCUGAGACUAGGUGGCUCAACAGACAGUGAGGAUCUGAGAAUACCAAGACCAGAGACUUCAUUUAAACAAUUAUACAAGUGUUCCUGUGAUCUAAAGUUGAUCUUGAGUAGAAUUCCAGAUCAGAUUUAUGACAGAAAACAGUUUCUGGAAACAAUUAAAGAAAUUGCAAGUUCCAUUAAGAUUCUUCUAGAUGCUGUAAACCGAGUUAUAUCUGAAAUACCAUCAUCUGAGAUAGCCAGUAAACAGAUUUUAGAAGAACGAAAGAAAGAGUUUGUGCGCUACUCCAAGAAGUUCAGCAAUACACUCAAGGAAUAUUUCAGGGACUCUAACCAAAACCAUAAUGUGUUUUUGAGUGCCAAUUUUUUGAUCUUGCAAACCAACGUUAUUUUGAAAACAGUGAAGCAAGAAUGUGUUUAGGUAUUAAGCUGCUUUCUGCGUAGACUCAUUGACUUUGACCAUGGACUGCUAAUGAAUUAGGAGGAGGCUUUUUUAUUCACCGCAGUUUAUUGUAUUAUGAACAUAAAAGUUGUAGUUUUCUAUUUAUGAGAAAUAUUGAAAUCAUGAAAUCAAAGAUAAGAAAGAAAACAACAUUGAAUACCUUUUCAUUUGGGCUACAACCACAAUUUAGCUGUUAAUUGUUAAUACCAGAUUUUCAAGAUGGACAAAAUUAGAUCUUAGCUUUGUAUCAUAAACUACAAAUCCUAGAUGAUCUGUCAAAUUUUCCUUAGAGAAAAGACACUGCUUUAGUUUGACUGCUGUUUCUGGCCAUGUAGUGCAUUUGUAAAUAAAAAAUAAUAACAGUAAUAAGGGAAAGUACUUCUUAUCAUUCCUUACAAACAGUUGUCUUCAAGUGAAAAGUUUAUUUUUUUCUUCUCAUGUUGCACUGUUGACAUUUUAUUUUUCUUACUAUCAAAUAGCCAACUCUGUAACAUUAUUAUCCAACAUAAAUUUGUAUAUUUUUAUUUGUGAUAAGUGAUAGUGUAUGUAUAGUAACACAUAUAUCAUGUAUCUUAGAAAUUCUUUCACUACAUUACUUGCUUGUUUGUAUAGAAAUACUAUGUUAUUCUAUGAUGUGUUUGUGCAUUUUGAAUUUUCAUAUUUAUGAUCUGUUCAUAUUUGUUAAUUUGCUAGUAACCCUAAUGGAUAAAGUUCAUUAAUGUACUAUCUUUUCUUUUCUUAAAUAUUAUGCAAAGAAGUUAGAUACAAAUUUAUCCAAAGUUAUACAAAUUGUUAAAUAGAUUCUAUGUUAAGGAAGGACUAAAGAUUCGCUCAGCAGUAUAUGGAAACAAAUCAGCACUGUUCUUUAUAAGAUGUUUGCUUUUCUAAUAACAAUUAUGUUGUCUUGACAUUAUUUACAUAACCAUAUUGUCUGUGAUGCCAUGUAAACCUUUUUUUUUUUUUUUUUUUUUAAUGCAUUGUAAAAUUGGGAUGGUUUACAAAAAAAAAAAAAAACUCAGUGUUUUGUGAAAAUCAGUGAUCUAAGACAUAUCAAAAUUUGAAACUGUCCCAGUUAUUGCUUAGCUAUAUUGGUUUCUUAACCAAGAUUUCAACAGGCUUAGGUAUUUCACAUAUCUCUGACUAUGAUCUAAUUGUGACCCUCUAUCACAACAUGAUUCCUUAUGCAACAUUCUGUUCAGUUGUUAUAAUUUGGAAAUUAUAAAAUUUUUACUUGUGAAAAGACUUUAAAUUGAGCAAGUAGUCUGUUAGUUUCUCUGGUUUUUGUAGUCUUUUUAGAAUUGUGAUUCUCCUGAGAUUUGAAGUCUAUGGGUAUGCAUCAUAAGGCAGAACAUUGCCUCAUUAAAUAAACUUGUAGUUAAAACUUAUUGAUUUUUUGGGGGGAGACUAAUCACACUUGAUUUCUGUACAAGUUUCUGUACAAGAGCAUUUUCAUUUUUAAUAGAUGCCAGUGUUACUUUUGACACACUAUAAUUUUAAAAUAAGCUUUGAAAAAACAACAACACAUGGAUUCAGAAAUUAAGGAACACCUAAUUAGAAAAUUUUUAGCCAUCAGAGAUUAUAAAUCAUUAUUUAGUGUUAGAGGUACAUAAUUAAGAUCUAUGCUUGAUGUGUCCACUAGAACUAAUUCAUUUGGUGAAAAGGUUAUUGACAGUGAAAGAGCCGCUCUGAAUGAAAUCAUAAGUCACAACAUUCUAGGACUUCUCAUGUUCUUCAUUUCAGAUAUAAGUGUAUACAUUUGUGACCAAUUAAUUACUUCUAUGUGUUCAUCAUUUUGUUUAAAAUACUUGGAAUUUUAUAAUAAUUAUGCUGUUUUUAUCACUGUUAUUAAGUCCAAUGUUGAUCUGAAUGCCCCUUUAAAAAAAUAUUUUACAUUCACAUUAUUCAAAAAAAAAGAUUGGUCAAAAUAAACUAAUCUUCCAUACUACCAAUAAGUUCAACCUUUGGGAGCUGAGACCUUGCAUUUUAAAAUUACCAACUCAUUUUGUUUAGUAAAACUCCCCAAUAGAUUAUCUAUAAAAUCAACACUUUCAAAAGAAAUAUAUGUAAUUCUGAAUACAUUUUGUGGCACACAUAUAACUACAUUUUGGAAUUGUUAAAAAAAAAGUAAAGAUUCACAUCACCCAUCUCCUAAUGAAGCACUAAAUAUUUAUCUCAUCAGUUAUAUUUCAUGUGUAAUGGACUUGAUUUGCUUCUUGUACAUAUUAUGACAUAUGUUUGAAUAAAAAUACUUUUUUUUUU